AUGGUGGGGAAUUAUGAAGCGGGCCCCUCCCCUCCAUCACCACGCCCCUCUACCACCAUCACUCCCACUCCCCUCCCCCACCACCUGGCCCACCAUGCCCCUCUACUACCAUCACUCCCCCUCCCCUCCCCCACCACCAACAACACGCCCCUCUACCACCAUCACUCCCCCUCCCCUCCCCUCCACCACCACCACCACCACCACACCCCUCUACCACCAUCACUCCCCCUCCCCUCCCCUCCACCACCACCACCACCACACCCCUCUACCACCAUCACUCCCCCUCCCCUCCCCCACCACCACCACCACCACACCCCUCUACCACCAUCACUCCCCCUCCCCUCCCCUACCACCAACAACACGCCCCUCUACCACCAUCACUCCCCCUCCCCUCCCCCACCACCACCACCACACCCCUCUACCACCAUCACUCCCCCUCCCCUCCCCCACCACCACCAACGCGCCCCUCUACCACCAUCACUCCCCCUCCCCUCCCCUACCACCACCAAUGCGCCCCUCUACCACCAUCACUCCCCCUCCCCUCCCCCACCACCACCAACGCGCCCCUCUACCACCAUCACUCCCCCUCCCCUCCCCUACCACCACCAACGCGCCCCUCUACCACCAUCACUCCCCCUCCCCUCCCCCACCACCACCACCACCACACCCCUCUACCACCAUCACUCCCCCUCCCCUCCCCCACCACCACCACCACCACACCCCUCUACCACCAUCACUCCCCCUCCCCUUCCCUCCACCACCACCACCACCACACCCCUCUACCACCAUCACUCCCCCUCCCCUCCCCUACCACCAACAACACGCCCCUCUACCACCAUCACUCCCCCUCCCCUUCCCUCCACCACCACCACCACCACACCCCUCUACCACCAUCACUCCCCCUCCCCUCCCCUCCACCACCACCACCACCACCACACCCCUCUACCACCAUCACUCCCCCUCCCCUCCCCCACCACCACCACCAUGCCCCUCUACCACCAUCACUCCCCCUCCCCUUCCCUCCACCACCACCACCACCACACCCCUCUACCACCAUCACUCCCCCUCCCCUCCCCUACCACCAACAACACGCCCCUCUACCACCAUCACUCCCCCUCCCCUCCCCCACCACCACCAACACGCCCCUCUACCACCAUCACUCCCCCUCCCCCACCACCACCAACACGCCCCUCUACCACCAUCACUCCCCCUCCCCUCCCCUACCACCAACAACACGCCCCCUCCCCAAACACACACUCCAUGUGA